AUGUCUCUUCCACCUCAAUACUCUGGACAUCGCAUCGCUGGCACGGCCGACGCACGCCACACGCUCGAACUGUACCUGGACUACGUGUGCCCAUUUUCGGCUAAAAUCUGGGACCAGGUCUACAACCAUGUGCUCCCCUGGCUCGAAAAGGAACAUCCAGGUCAUUUUCAGGUGAUCGUGAGAAACCAGAUCCAACCAUGGCACCCGGCGUCUACUUUGACAGCAGAGGCUGCGCUCGCUGUUGAAAAGAUUGACCCAUCACAGUUUGCCCCAUUCAGCAAUGUGCUGUUCACUCAGCAAAAGAGAUUUUUUGACGAAACUAUCAUCGAGAAAAGCCGCGCGGAUGGAUACAGGGGUCUGGCCGCUCUUGCUGGGUUGACGUUGACAUCCUCUCCAACGAUCACGGAGGAAGGUGUGCACGGUCUUCUGCACAUCGUCUCUGUCCAGGACGCUCAAGAGGCGACCAACACGGGCAACAAGGUCACGAAUGACCUAAAAUACUUUGUUAAGCUGGGUCGACAGAACGGAAUCCACGUAUCGCCGACGGCCCUUUGGGAUGGGAUUGUGGAGAACUCGAUCAGCAGCGGCUGGACUUUGGAUCAAUGGAAGGAAUUUUUCAAGAGCAAGCUGUAG